CUGACAUUUAAACGUCGGUGAAAUUAAAAUGUUUUUCUUGCGCGGAUCACAGAAGGACUUUCCUUGUCUUUCAUGAGGGGAUCACCUGUUUGCUCAGAGUUUUAUUAUUUUAUUUUAUUUUAUGAUUUCUCCGUCUUCGAUAGUUUCUGAAGUUAUCAAAUCUCAAGAGGUCUGUUUUCCGGUUGAUGGCAUCAUUUCCACUUUCCAUUCUCCAGGGAACACAGUGGAAUACUAAAUGGUGAUAUGAAGAACGGCAAACAACACAUGGACUGAUGAUUGAACCAUCAGUUCUUUAAAAAUCAGUAUUUUUUGGAAGCUUUUGCCAAUGUGGAUUCUUGAUAAUGCAUGGCAGUUUCUCUCAAGAUAAUACAUUUUUGGUAUUCCUUAUUUUUAAUUGUCGAAACAACAAUCUGGAUUUUUUUGUUUAAAAGUUACAAAACAAGACUUGUUUAUUUGAACCAAAGGUAUUUCAGUCUUCCGAUAAGGCUGACCUGUAGCCUCUAGUGAGGUAGCUGUUGCCUCGAGCUGCAGCGAUGGACAUUGAGGCGAGGCAUCAUCCCUUCUCCCCAGUAACCUCACUAUGCUGAGCAAUGCCUUCGAUGUGGUGUACAUGAUGCUGGAGCUGCUGAUUGCCCUGCUCUCUGUCCUGGGCAACGUGCUGGUCUGCUGGGCAGUGGGCCUCAACAGCAACCUCCAGAGCAUCACCAACUUCUUUGUUGUUUCACUGGCUGUUGCAGAUAUUGCUGUGGGUGUGCUGGCCAUCCCUUUCUCCAUCGUGAUCAGCACUGGUUUCUGUGCCAAUUUCUAUGGUUGUCUCUUCAUCGCCUGCUUUGUGUUAGUAUUGACUCAGAGCUCCAUAUUUAGCCUUUUGGCUAUUGCCAUUGACCGCUACAUUGCCAUCAGGAUCCCACUAAGAUAUAACAGCCUAGUAACAGGGCAUCGUGCCAAAGGCAUCAUUGCAAUCUGCUGGGUUCUAUCGGUGAUCAUCGGUCUCACGCCCAUGCUAGGCUGGCACAAAGAACGCUCUGGGAAGCCUUCCAACAGCACCUGCCAGCCCGGCAUGAUGGAGUGUAUGUUCGAGAAGGUUGUCGUCAUGGACUACAUGGUUUACUUUAACUUCUUUGCCUGUGUGCUGCUGCCUUUGCUUCUCAUGCUGGCCAUAUACCUACGAAUCUUCAUGGCUGCACGCCACCAACUCAAAUGCAUUGAGUCCAAGGCCUUGCCGUGUGAGCUCAAGUCCCGCUCUAUCCUGCAGAAAGAGGUCCAGGCAGCAAAGUCACUGGCAAUCAUUGUUGGAUUGUUUGCGGUGUGCUGGCUGCCUUUGCACAUCAUCAACUGUUUCACUCUAUUUUGUCCGGAGUGUCAACGGCCGCCGAUUAUUAUCAUGUACCUGGCUAUAAUCCUCUCACAUGCUAAUUCGGUCGUCAACCCUUUCAUCUAUGCCUACCGUAUUCGCGAAUUCAGACACACCUUCCGAAAAAUCGUGCACUAUCAUAUCUUGGGCAGACGGGAGCCGCUAUCUAGCAAUGGGAGCACCCGUACCUCUGCCCGAGCAAGCAUGGCAGACUCGCUUAGAAUUAAAGUCAACGGGCUGGUGCGAGAUCUCUACACCGAGCAGAGCAGCACAACCAGUAGCUGUGAAAAUGCAGAGCCUGGGCGUACACAUAGGAAUAUUUCUACAGAAAACUCAAUAUUAGACAACAAGCCUUUAGAAGACACUUAUUCUCACAGGAAUCGAGCAGACUCUUCUCUAAGGAUUCCAGAGUCAGAGCUCACUGGGAAUAAUCGGAGAACUGCCUGCAGGAAGCAUGCUUUGUUUGAAAUUAGGGAUGGGACAGAUCUGUCCUCGUCUCUUCAUAUUAAAUCAGUUCUGUGCCUACAAACAGCUCACUGUACUGAGCUCACAGAGGUUUCCUGAUAGCUGUAAUUCUCUUAAUGAUGGAUUAUGCUCUGUCGUAUUUAUUUGCGGCCCUGCAAGAAAGACGGGCUAAUAUUUAAAAGACAAAGUGUAAAAAAAAAAUUGUUUCUUUUAGGACUUGCCAUACACUUUAACAGUUGGACUCUGUGUACAGAGCUCAUUAGUGCGACCCAAAGUGACAAAACUACCCCAGAUAUUGGGCAAAAAUGUGUGAAUUCCUCUGUUUUUAGUCUGAUGUUGACAAUUUUAGAGGUUACUGUAAUUUGUUUAGAUUGGGAAUUUAUUUCAAUUUAUUGAUUUGACAUAAUUGGUGCAAACAUGCCCCUAAAACCUAUUGAGGGCAAAAAUUGCCCUAAAAGGGAUAGUUCACCCCCCCCAAAAAAAAUGCUCUCAUCAUUCACUCACCCUCAUGCCAUUCCAGAUGUGUAUGACUUUCUUUCUUCUGCUGAACACAAAGAUGCUUAGAAGAAUAUUUCAGAUAUGUAGGUCCAUUCAAUGUAAGUGGAUUGUGAACAAAACUUUUAAGCUCCAUAAAGCACUUAAAGGCAGCAUAAAUGUAAUCCACAUGACUCUAGUGGUUAAAUAUGUCAUCAGAAGCUAAAUGAUAAAUGUGGGUGAGAAAAGAUCAACAUUUAAGUCCUUUUUUAAUACAAAUUUCCAUUUUCACUUUCACAUUUGUUUCGGUAAUUUGCAUUCUUUGUGCAUAUCGCCACCUACUGGGCAGGAAGGAGAAUUUCAAUUAAAAAAUGACUUAAAUGUUGAUCUGUUUCUCACCAAUUAAAAAAAGUCAUACACGUCUGGGAUGGCAUGAGGGUGAUUAAAUGAUGAGAAUUUUCAUUUUUGAGUAAAAAAUCCCUUAAAUAAUGAUGUUAAUGUCUGACAGUGAUUAAUUUAAUUUCUCAAUAUAAAAAAAAUCUAUUUUAUUUGGAUUGUUUUGGAAGGAUUCAUGAUAAUGAGUCUGGUGAUUGUUGAUUCAGAAGUAAAUUAAGACAAAAAUUACAACUUAAUCCAGUGGGCAUGAACAAACUAUUGUAUAAGUGCAACCAUAAUAACCACACUACGAUAUAAACAUGAGCCCAAAUAUUGGUAUGCAUAUGAAAUAAUAACCAUAGAGUACUGCUUUUAGAUGGCUAUUAGGAAUUGGUAGAGCAUUAAACCACCACUGUAGCAAAACAUUUUAUCACAGGACAGUUAAAACAGUGUCAAAAUGUUUUCAUUGGUGUCAUCAACAGCUUGCAAGUGUUAGCUGAUGGAAACCAGUACUAUUUAUGACCCAGUUUCUAAGCACUUGGUACAAAUGAACAGAUUUAAUCUGUUCAGUGUUAGGUAGCCUGGCAGAUGUCUAUACUAUAAAGCACAGCAUGUGGUAUGGCUAUAAGUGCUGAUAAGACAUAUGCAAGCUCUAUGGUGAAUUUUAAGCAGUGUCGCUAUUUUACUCUGUUGUUUUUAAUGGAAGUUCAUUCAUAUGAGAUAAAAUUUAAUUUUAUCUCAUGUGAAUGUCCUUUUGUUGCAUAUGUCAGAUUGUGUACUACUCUGCCAAUGCUGAUGAGUCAUAUGAUUUCUUUUUUAAUCCAUUUAGCUUGUAUUUUGUGCUAAUUAUGUCUGCCUUGUCAUAAUGUACAAGAGAUCAGGUCAUCCAGUACUGAAGCACAGAAACUGCAAUGUGAACACAUUUUCCUUUAACACGUGAAUAAAUGAGAAUUACUCAGCAGCACAUGCAAGUCUUUUAUCAUAAAACAUGAUUGAGCACACACAGUUCCCUGAUUAUAUUAUGUAUUUAAAGAUAAUACAGUUUGAAAGAUGUUUCUGUCAUAAUUUAAAUCAUAAUUUUCAAACCAAACAAUUAUUGUCAUGUGUGAGUAUCUACUGGGUCUCA